UUUUUUAAUAAUUCAUAAAUUUACCCUUUUUACCCAUAUAUUUUCCAUUUUUUACUUCAUUUGGAUUUAAUUGUAUAUAUUUUAUAAUAUACCUAAGGUUUUUCUUAGGUGGUUGGGGUUAAUUUUUUUUAUAAACAUUACUUUGUUAUAAAAUAUUGUUACACUAUUAACGCAUAGUGACAUAUUAAUCUUUAAUCAUGUCAUGGAUUUUUGGAAUGGGUGGUGGCAAUAACCCUGAAACACCAAACUUGGAAAAUAUAGACAGUGUUUCAGAUAAGAAACCAUCACCUCCACCAUCAUCAUCUAGUGGCGAGGCUUAUAAAUUUGAUUCAUCUGCAUUAGAACGAGCGGCUAAAGCUGCCAAAGAAUUGGAAAAGUCAAAACAUGCUAAGGAGGCAUUAGAUUUAGCUAAAUUGCAAGAAACUACUAAGCAAAUUGAACACCAAACAAAAAUAAAAGAAUAUGAAAUUCAUUUGGAACAAGUACGCAUGGAGCAAAAACGAGUUGAUGCUGAAGAAAGAAAAAAGUUGUUGGCUGAAGAAACUAAACAGCAUCAAUUACGCUCACAAUAUCAAGAUCAGUUAGCUCGCAAAAGGUAUGAAGAUCAGCUUCAGCAACAACGUGCUUCUAAUGAAGAGAACUUAAAGCGACAAGAAGAAUCUGUAGCAAAGCAAGAAGCUAUGAAAAAAGCUACUAUUGAACAUGAAAUUGAGAUGAAAUCUAAAUUAGAUGCUAAAAAAUCUGAGGCCAAAGCACUAGCAAGAGCAAAGGCAGAGAGAGAGAAUCAUGAUUUAACAAUGGAACAACUCAAAUUAAAAGCUUCUGAACAUCGACAAACAGUUUUGGAGUCUAUAAAAACUGCUGGUUCAAUUUUUGGAAGCGGAGCAAAUGCUUUACUUUCUGAUUGGGAUAAAACUUUAAUGGCUGCUGGAGGUUUAUCUCUUUUAGCACUAGGUAUAUACAGUGCCAAAGGUUUUACCGGUGUUACUGCAAAAUAUGUCGAAUCAAGAUUAGGUAAACCUUCAUUGGUUAGAGAAACCUCUCGAUUCUCAUUGUUAGAAUCAGCAAGACAUCCAAUUUUAACCUUUAAGGAACUCAGAACUAAAAAAAGUAGUGCGUUAAAAGAUGUUAUUUUACCACCAAAAUUAGAAUCUAGAUUGGGUGAUGUUGCUAUUGCCACUUUAAAUACUAAGAAAAACCGUGGUAUGUACCGCAAUAUCUUGAUGUAUGGACCCCCAGGUACUGGAAAAACACUAUUUGCCAAAAAAUUAGCUAUGCAUUCUGGUAUGGAUUAUGCUAUAUUGACUGGUGGAGAUGUGGCUCCUUUAGGAAAGGAUGGAGUAACCGAAAUGCACAAAGUUUUUGACUGGGCAAACAACUCAAGAAAAGGUUUAUUGUUAUUUGUUGAUGAAGCAGAUGCAUUUUUAAGAAAACGUAGUUCAGAGCUAAUUAGUGAAAAUUUACGUGCUACUUUAAACGCCUUUUUAUAUAGAACUGGAGAUCAAUCAAACAAAUUUAUGCUAGUGCUGGCGAGUAACACACCUGAACAAUUUGAUUGGGCAGUAAAUGACAGAUUAGAUGAAAUGGUAGAGUUUGGUCUACCGGGCAAAGAAGAACGAGAACGUUUAAUAAUGCUAUAUUUCGAUAAAUAUGUUUUAACACCAGCAACUCAAAGCAAAGUCAAGUUGAAUAUUGAGAAAUUCGACUACAGUGCUUUAUGCAAACAAAUGGCAGAAAUGACUGAAGGAAUGUCUGGUAGAGAAAUUGCUAAAUUAGGAGUAGCUUGGCAAGCAGCUGGUUAUACUUCUGAAGAUGGUCUAUUAACUAAAGCGAUGGUUUUAAGCCGGUGUGAAGACGCAAUUAAGCAGCAUAAACAAAAGAUGGAAUGGAUGAGCGAAAAAGAAAAAAAUGAUUCCAGAUAUACAAGACAAAAAAGCAUUCAUUAAUAUAUAGAAUUAACUUGUAGUUAAAACUCAAAUGAAUAGUCAUCAACAUAGAAUGUUACUUAUGGGUAUUUAAAUGCCCUAGAAUUCCAUUAUGUAAUAUAUUUAAUAUUUUUGUUGUUGUAAAAUAUAUUUGUAUAGUGUUUAAA